CCAGCGUGACGCUACUUGUGUGAUCCGAGAGUCCAAGCGUAAAUAAAUAUCAUGACUCAGCAACGUUGCCAUGACAACCAGCCCUCCCAGCAUCUGAACCGUCUGCUCCCUGUCACUCAUCCUUUCAUCGUCCAUUUGCCUCGUUCCUACCCCACAUCUUCUCCUUUCGUUCCGUCCUAAGUCAGCGUGUUUUUUUUUGGUUCUUGUUCUCGAGAUGGAUGGACAUGUAUCCGUUCUCUUGUCCCGCCAAUCUCUGAAAAUGUGGUUCAAAUAUCUACGUUUCCUACGCAUGCAUAUCCAGUUCAUAUUGAGUAUAACACGCGUCCUACGAGAGCUCGCUGUGCUAUUGAAUCGCCGCCAGCGGAACCCCAAACUCACUCAAGCCGAAUCCAUGGGAGCUUUUCUUGUGCGUGCUCUAGACUUUGUGUUGAAAUCUGCAACCAAACCUAAAUCCAAGCGAGCUAUUGCGCAAUGA